UAGUAUUUACAAUCCCGAAUUGAAAAUUAGCAGACAACAGUCCGAUCGUUUAAUUAUAUCGCUAUUUCAUUGACGCUUAUCGAAAAAAAUAGCAACAAAAUGCACAAUCAAGAUCAACAACUCCUGAACUCAGCCUGGCUACACAGCAACAAUUGGGACUACCAUCUCAAUCAUUGACUCCAGUUUCUAUUAGAUCUCGUCCAACGACUCCUGACCUAAGCUCUCAAAUACAACAACAAAGGCUACCGCUUCAACCAUUGAUUCUACCUGUUACCAAAAACCACUCAACAGCUUCAUCUCAACCACCGGCAAUCGUAAAAUCUGGCCGUACACCAGUUGUAAUACAAUCGAAGGAAGGGCCUGAAAUUUUGAGACUUUUAAAAGAAGGUUUCCAAAUGGUGGAUAAUAAAUUGACGAGUCAAAGUCAGAAAGUGGAUGCGAUGGCACAACGUCUUAACACAUUAGAAGCUACAAUUAAAGUUUUACAGACUUCCAAUGACGACUCAUUUCAUCGACCAAAUUAUCUCCCAUUCAAAACUCAUGCGGAUAUUCUGAAAUAUAAUGAAUCAUCAGAUGAACAAGUUGCUGAAAUGAAAAAAUACUUAUCAUUUUAUAACAUGCGCACUAACCCGAAAGAUAACACCAGAGAUAUUCUACAAAAGAAUCGUUUAAUGACAGAUGAGUUAUUGACUAAUGUUAUGUGGAUGGGAAAGAAAGGACAGAAGACAAAAAAACUACUUUUGGCUAAACAUCGUAUUACUCAUGAUUUGUGUUCUGUUUUGCGAGGAAUGUAUCCGAAUAUGACAUUUCCAGCCUUUAAAAGAGCCGUUGCUGCAGCGUUGAAUGCUGCUAAUUCUAGAGUCCUGGCUCAGAAGAAAAAUCAUAGUCAAGGCGAGAACUCACAACCAGAAAAAUCUGUAACAGAUGAAGAGGAACAUUUCCUAAGAGAAUGGACUCUAAGAAAUGAUGAAGAUUUAUUGGAUGAAGAUGAUGAUAACCGUGAUGCAAAUACAAAUCAAAAUGAAAGUGAAAUGGUGGAUGAGGAAAAUUCACACUAAGUUUAUAAUGAUUAGUUUUUAAUUUAUUUUAAAUUUAACAAAUUAUUUUCAAAAGAUUCAAAAUUAAUAGUUAUUAAUAGUUACCAAUUUUGUAUUACAAUAUUAUGUUCUGCACUAUUUAAGCAAGUUUUAAUAUGUUUUUAAAUGAAAAAAUACUGUGUAUUCUGUGAGUUGUUUGUAAUAAAAAAAAAUUUCUUUAAAAAUAA